AUGGGCCCCAUAGAACGUAGCGAAGAUUGUGGAGAAGAAGGUAGAUGCGCUGAGGGGGAUAAUUUCAGCUCUUCGCCUAUUUUGGGCCCAUUCGCCGGACCUUGGGUGAGCGUCGAGCAAUGGAAGCAAGCCUAUCUCCUCCUAACGACGGCCCUUGACCUCCGCCUCCUUUUCUCCGGUAAUGUCGAAUCCCACAUGGGCAUCCACACGGCGUGCACACCCGGUGACAAAAUGACAUUUAGAAUGCCGUGA